AUGCCAAAACAUGCGUCUAUUCUUGCUAACUGGAUUCAAAGAAAAGAUUCUUAUGCAAGAACUCCAAAGGAUACAUAUAAAUUUAGCCUUAUCUACCGUGGAAGUAUUGAUGGCUAUAAUACUAAUAUUAUACGUAGCAAGUGUCAUAGAUACAGAAAGAGCGAUUGUGUUUUGAUCAUUAAAACUAACAAGAAUGAUUCGAUAAUUGGUGGUUAUAAUCCACUUGGUUGGAGAUAUAAUAAAGAUAUUAAUGGUGAUAGAAAUGAUUUGAAUGAUUUUAAGAUUAGUCGAGUUGUAAAUGAAGAUCGUGCAAUUUGCGAAAGUAAAUAUCAUAAUAUACCACUAAAUUUUGGCAAUAGUGAUUUGGUUAUCUAUUAUAAAUCUGGAAAAAUCGUAAUAUUAGUAGCAAAUAAUUUAG